CAAUGACGUUCAUUUGGUCGGAAAAUUUCUGGUGUAAAAUGCAUCGAUAUUUGUUUAGGAAUAUUCUGUUACCGUUUUUAAAGAUGCCCAGUGCCGUGUGGUGUCAGAUGACGUAGAUAACAUUGAAGUUGAAAUACAGUAAGCAUAAUCAGGAACAUAUAUAUUAGAGCUGUUCCAAGGCAUAAUUUACUAAAACCAAUUAUGGAUUUCAAUCUGAUAAAUUUUUGCUCGGACUUAUAAGAUAAGGAUAGAACAAUAUAUCUGAAUAAAACAACAUGGAGCCCUUUUCGUUAUUGAUAGGAGUCGCUUCACUAUUGGUGAUCAUAAGUACAGUUUACUUACUUAGAUGGGAUAGGAUUUUAUUCAGGUGGUGCAGCAGUUUUUUAUAUAUUCCAGCACCAGCAAAGGAGCUUAUCUGUAAAUGGGCAAGACUGUUCAAACGUGACACAGGUUCUUUAACCGAAGAAGAGGAUAAUUUUCUUCGAAUGUUUAGAUUGAUUAGCAACAUUGCACCUAAAGCAGUAAGAGAAAAAUUUGAUCAUCAUUUCCCUCCAGCUUCACUAUCAACCAUAUUGGCCACAAGCAAAACGAAAAUUGAAAACAAACUUCUUAAGAAUAAAAUUAUCAGCGGAAAACAAAUGGAUCUUUUGUAUCCAAGUACAGGUUAUACCUCUUCGGUUAAUUAUGAUGUGACGUUAAUGAUUUGUUUACUAAGAAAUUUGUCCAUCAUUGCGCCACCUUCACUUGGAUUUGACAAAUUACCACCAGCCACAGAAAUCAGUGAUGGAGCAGAUUUAGCCAGAAUAAAACACCACAGAAAUUUUAUUGCUCAUCCUGGCAAAGAUGAAUUAUCAACUUGUGAAUUUAACAGUAUGUGGGCCUGUGUAUCUGAGGCUGUUUAUCGUCUUGGGGGAACUGGAUACAUAUCUAAAUGUGAUGAUUUGAGCCAAAUGAAUCUGAACAAAGAUGUUUUAAUACAUGUUAAACAAGAUCUGACAGCAGUUCGUAGAGAAAUGGAUGACCAAAAAAAAGAUCUUCAAACUGACGUUGAUAAAGUUAAACAUGACCAGACCAUAGUAACAGAGAAGGUUGAACAUUUCCAAGAGGAUUUAAGUUCCCUUCAAACUAAGCAUACAUCACUUAAGGAAGAUAUCACUGUCAGAGCUGCAGACUUAGAAAAAAACAUUGAAACUGUCAAAAUGGAGCAGGACACAUUAAGUUCCCUUCAAAUUAAGCAGACAUCAUUUACGGAAGAUAUCUCGGUCAGAACUGUAGACUUACAAAAACAAUUUGACACAGUCAAAAUGGGUCACGACACAUUAAAGGAGCAAGUAACUUUUCAAACUUCAAAAAUCCAAGAAAAUUUAGACAGCUGCAAUUGUGAAGGCAAGUACAAGUUUUGGUACAAUACAGUAUGAUAGACAACUGUCAUUAUUUACAAUCAAUUUCACUAAAAGUUGGAAGUAUUAAUUGGAAUCACCUCCACGUUAAUGUCAAUCUUAAUGUCUCUAGUAUAACAUUUGAAUACACACUUCAUUAUCGAAAUACGAUUAUGAUGGCGGACAGGUGUCAACAGGUGUGAAAAUCAGGUGAAAAAAAGUUUGACCAUUUCCUAUAAUACAUUUAUCGUGAGCUAUUGACAAUUUCUGUGGAUAUUGACUAUCAACUUUUCGAAUUGAUUUAUAAUGUCAAAUACUCCUAAAACAUUUCAAAAACGAUGUAGAUCUACAGAAGGUGAGACACCCCGCCCCGAAUGUAAACAAUCCAAAAUGGCCAAUACAGACGAUAUUUCAAGCUCAAUAAAACUUUUAGUUUCUACUGUAAAUGAGAUAAAACAAGGCCAAGAAAGUAUGAAAAAAUGUUCGAGUCAAAAAUCGACAAACUUAGAAACGAUGUUCUGUCUACAAUUUAUCAAAAGAUGCAGGUUUUAAAAUCUGAAAUUCACCUUGAUUUGGCGAGAGAGUCAUCACGUAUUGACGAUUCAGCAAAUUCUGUUCACUCACUUUCUAAAUGCUUCAACGACAUUGAAGAGUUCAUGAACAAUUUAAAUACCCAAGCCGAUAGUAUUAAUCCUUCGAUGACCGUAACUCAAAUACACAAGUUAAUCAGUUGAGCAAUUAUGCAGUUACCUUAUAGUGAAAAAUUUACAGUUUGCCGAAAAUGAGAAUUUAAUUGAGAUAAUGAAUGAUAUCAUUCAUAAACUAGGACAGUCAGUCGCAAAUGAAGUUAAAAUCGCUGCUGUCACGCGUCUUAAACCAAGGCUUCGUGGAAAACCGGGAUUAGUGAAAAUGAGUCUUGAGAACACGGAUCAGAAAAUUCUUAUUCUCCGCAAUAAACACAAACUGAAAACCGAUGAAAACUACAAAACAGUCUUUAUUCAGGGCUCGAAAUCAAGAAUUGAAUAACUAUUAGAGAAUAAUACUCGCGCAAUACUUCGUGAACUCUCACAGGGGAAUCAUUUUAGAUUAACGGGAAACGGCAGAAUAUUGUGAAAAACUAAAAAUAACGAAGAGAGCGAAGUCGAUGCUCCGACCAAACACAGUUAGUGUGUAUCCUGGCCCAAUGGAACGAUAUAACUAGGUCAUUUAAACGUUUGUGGUUAGACCGUUAAAAACAAUCUACUAAGGACUUAAAUAGUGGAAGCCGUCGAUGCUGAUAUUUUUAGUGCAUGUGAAACACAUCUUAUUGCAAGUGACAAUUUGCACAUAAACUGAUAGAUAUGGAAAGGCUUUAAUAGACAACAUAUUCAUCGUGAUGCAACGAAAGGCACAGGUGGUGUAGGAUUAUUAAUAAAACAAUGGGUUCUAAAUGAUUACAAUUUUGAAGUGGUCGAUGCCAGUUUUGAAGGACUUUUCUGUAUAAAAUUUAUGCUGUGGUCACACCUUACCGGAUAGCUCGAACUGACGCCGAACGGAUGAAAAAAAAAAGUUUUCGUUGAAAAAUUUUUUAUCCGUUGGGAGUCCGUUGCUGUACUGACCAAAUAAAACAGACGCGUAACGAAUGUCUAACGGACACUCACAGGAUAUGCAACGUUCGAGAAACGGAAACGUACCGGACAGAUUGGAUGUCGAACGUACAUCCAACGGACGAGUACCUUAUAAAACGGACACCUAACAAAAGAGUACCGGAUAAAAUGGAUGAACAAGAUAAGCGGAAAUUAAAGGCGGCAAUAAUAAUACAUGUAAAUCACAUACACGUGACCUUAAAAUAAUUAAAAAGUUUCCGUGUAAUUGGUUUUAGUUUAUUCUUCAAAAUGCCGCCAAAGGGUAGGGGUGGAAAAGGAAGAGGAAAACAAUGUCAGAGAAAAAUGCCAAUAAUGCCGCCUGACCAUGAUUCAGAAGUCGAGCCAAAUACAGAAUUUGAUGCCACUGAAAACCCACGAGAGGUUGGCAUUUCUGACGCGUUCUAGUCGGUUUCACAUCCGUUCAUCAUCCGUUUUAUCCGUUAUACGUCCAGUAGAAGUCCGUUGGUGAAUUGGUCUACCGGACCUCCAACGGAUGUAUAACGGACAAGUAACGGAUACAAAACGGAAACGGAACGGACGAGUACCGUAAAAAACGGACGUCUACCGGACGUUCAACGGACACUUCAUCCGUUGGACGUCCGUUCAAAGUUUUGAACAUGCUCAAAAUUAUACACCGGACAGAACGGACGUCGACGGAUAAAACUGACACUGAACGGACAUGAAACGGAUAUGGACGGACGUCUAAUGGAUAAGAACGGACGUAUAACGGACAUGAACGGAUUGAAAAAAAAGUUAUCCGUUUGGCGUUCGUUCGCGCUAUCUGGUAAGGUGUGACCGGGGCUUUACGUCACAAUCAACAGACUUUAGUUUUACCGUCUUUUCGUGUUAUUUGCCACCGGAAGGUUCAAUUAGGGGUCGAAAUUCACAAAACUUUUUUUCGCACUUAUUGCUAAAUAUCUAUGAUCAGGUUGAAAGUGACUAUAUCGUCAUUUGUGGUGACUUCAACUCACAAAUUGGUACACAAAAUGACUUUUCUGAUUUCGAUUCAAUACGAAGCAGGACAGCGAUGGACAAAACAGUCAAUCAACAUGGGAAAUCAUUCUUAUAGUUCUUGAAUGAAUCAAAAACGUGUGUUUUAAACGGUAGAUACGACUCGAAUAAAGACAAUACAUUGUAUAUUAGGAAGAUGGCAAUCCGUGGUGGAUUAUAUGUGUGUUCCUCACGACGUUCUCGAUCUGUUCCUCAUUCCAGGUUAUUACUACCCGAUCUGUAAUUGAGCAGAUUAAUCUUUUCCAAUUUCUAGGUAACAGGAGUAAAAUCCCAGACCAUUCUAUUCUAUUGGCAGAAUUUAAAACAUUAACUAACAUAUCCGAAUAUAGUAGCUCGAAAUUAGAUAAGUUCAAACGCUUCAGGCUUAAAUCGAUUCCUAAUGACUUUUUUUGGAUCUGAUCUACGAAAAGCAGCACUUUAAACCUUAAUUCAACGUAUUGAGACCACAAGGGAGACUCUAAGUCACGUGGAUAAUAUCUAUUCGGAUCUUUGUACUUUGAUAGUUGAUGAAAUGAACUGCUAAAUUCCAGUAUUUGAUGCAAGUAGAAAGACAAGAAAACGACAUACAAGUUCUAAACUUUUCUGGAAUGAAGAACUCGGCCAACUGUGGAACGCAAUGCGUCUUAAGGAAAUCAGGCGUUUAAUACAUGUGGCAAAGAAUGGCAAGGCUUGGGGAAUCGAAUUCAUACCGUAUGCAGUCUUGAAAUAUGAAUCUGUGAUAAGCGUGCUUCAUUCUCUGUUUCAGCUUAUAUUUAAAACUAGCAUUAUUCCAUCAAUCUGGCGACAGGCAAUGGUUUGUCCAAUUCUUAAAGAUAAAUCAUCCAAUGAGCGAAGUCCUCUUAAAUAUCGUGGAAUAAGUCUGCUCUCUUGUAUCUCAAAACUAUAUAGUGCGUUUAUAAACAGCCGAGUAUCCGCUUAUUUAGAAAUAAACGACAUGUUAGCAGACGAACAGAAUGGGUUCCGUGUGCACCGCUCAUGUGAAGACCAUAUUUUCACACUAAAUACAAUUGUGAGGAACUGUCGAAAAACGUUUGCAACAUUUAUCGAUUUAAAAAAGGCAUUUGACAUUGUUGAUAGAGAUAUGCUACUGUAUAAGCUUCUUUUAAAUAAAAUCGAUGGGAAAAUUUAUAACUAUAUCAAAAGCAUUUACGUCAAUACUACCGCUUGUAUUCGAUUGAAUGAUACUUUGACGGAUUGGUUUAGUUGUAAUUCCGGUGUUCGACAAGGCGACAAUCUUUCGCCGACACUUUUCUCUAUUUUCAUCACUGACUUAUUGCAGGAAGUUAAGGACCUUGACCUUGGUGUUAGCAUUGGAAACUCAAAUCUUUCGAUACGGUUGUAUGCUGACAAAAUAGUGAUAAUUUCACCCAAUGAAAAUGACAUGUAAGCGAUGUUGAACAAAGUCCAUGACUGGUGUAAGCGAUGGCGGGUACCUAUUAACACCGAGAAAUCGAAAGUAGUACAUUUCCACCAAUCUCGUAUAAAACGAUCCGAAUAUAAGUUUAAAAUUGGAGGAAAUUCAUUACAGACUGUUGACAAGUACAAAUAUCUGGGUGAAAUGUUCCAUGAAUUUAAAGACUAUAAAGUGAAUGCUGAGAGAUUGUCGGAAGCUGGAGGGCGAGCACUCGGUGGAAUAAUUUCAAAAAUUCAUAAUCUUAAGAGUUUUGGAAUAAAGACAUUUGAAAAACUGUUUACAUCAUGUAUCGUACCGAUUUUAGACUAUAACUCCUCAUUCUGGGGUUUUAAAGACUAUGCAUGUGUUAACUUGGUACAAAACAAAGCCAUUCGUUAUUUCUUGGGUGUUCAUAAAUUCGCUCCGAAAGUUGCUACAAAUGAUGUUGGAUGGCUGCCAUGUAAAGAAAGACACUGGUACAAUAUGAUUAGACUAUGGAACAAGCUCACUCGAAUGGACGAUUCACGCAUAUGUAAACAGGUUUUCAACUGGGACCUUGAACGGUGUUUGAACAAUUGGUCAUCAGAUGUGAAACUUAUUUUGUCACACAUUGACAUGGAAGAUUAUUUCUGCCAAAUACAGACUUGUAAUAUUUCUCUUCUAAAAGACAUACUUUUCAUGUUGUGUUCCAAUGAAUGGGAAAACUCUAUUACAAACUUUCCAAAAUUGCGGACAUAUAAAACAUUCAAAUCAGAAUAUAAAUGUGAAACAUAUGUUGGAUUGAACCUCACUCGUGCUGAACGUUCUAUACUGGCACAAUUUAGAUGCGGCAUACUUCCUUUGAGGAUCGAAACAGGACGGUUCGUUGGAGAAGCAGAAGCUGAUCGCAUUUGCAAAAUGUGUGACUCACAUUGUGUUGAAAAUGAACGCCACUUCCUGAUGGACUGUGAUUUUUACCGAGAUUUAAGAAUUCAACUUAUACUGAAUAUAGAACACUCUUUUGAAGACAUCUCUAAAGAUGAACAAUUUAAAGUGCUUAUCUGCAAAUAUCCUAGAAAAACUGCUAAAUUUUUUAACAAUGCAUUUAAUAAGAGAAAAAAAUUUUUGUAUUGGAACAAUCAAACAUGAAUUCUAAUUUUGUCCGCUGUUAAAUGAUUAUUCUUUUUAUAUGUAUAAAUGUUUAAAGUGACUUAUAGGUCCAAAGGGCCGGGUGUUGAUACAUGUUAUUACAACCGCUUAUUGAUAUAUUGUUUAAUAUUAUAAAACACAUGUCACUAUAAUAAACAAUUUGGUAUUGGUAUUGGUAUUAUACAUCUCAGCUUAUUGUCAAUUUUUUACCUCAACAAUUUACCUAUGAUCACUUUUCAUCUGCACUAAUAGUCACUAUAUAUAUUUAAUUUGGAAAUUGUGUCUGAAAUAUGAAUUAUUAAGGAAUAAAAAGAUGCAUUUUUUUGCAAAGAAAAGAAUAAAAACUAAAUUGCAAGCAGGGUCUAUUUUUAUACGACCGCAAAAUUUUGGUUUGCAGACAAUAACUUGAGUAUAAGUGUAUGGAUCUCUCCAUAUCACUAAUGGGAAUCUGUGAUUGUUUUUGGGGAUAUUGUCAUACCCGUUUUGUAAUUAGGGGCCAAAAAGGGUCAUGUUACCUGGUUUAUAGACAAUAAAUUGGUUCGCAGACAAUCACUUUAGUAUAAGUGUAUGGAUCUGUAUGAAAUUUAAGCACAAUGUUCUAUACAACCAAAGAAAGGCUAGGAUUGUUUUUAGGAAUAUAAUUAUUGUCGUAGCUUUUACUGGUAAGUAAUUAGGGGUCAAAAAGGGACCAAAAUGAAGCAUUUUUCAUGUUUCAGGACAAUAAUUUGUGUAUAAGAGUAUGGAUCUCUAUGAAGUUUUACCACAAGGUUCCAUACUUCAAAAGAAAAAUUGGGAUUCAUUUUAGGGGUCAUGGUCCAAACUUUUUUAUAACUAGGGGCUGAAAAGGGACCAAAAACCAUAACUGUUCUGGUUUUCAGACAGUAACUUGAGUAUAAGUGUAUGGAUCUCUAUUAAAUUUUAAUUCAGGGUUCAAUACCAAAAUAGAAAGGUUGAGAUUUUUUUUGGGGUUAUUGUCAUAGCUGAUAAUGAAUAAGGGCCAAAAAAAGGGCAAACAAAAAAUAUUUUUCCAGGUUCACAGACAAUAACUUGAGUAUAAGUGUAUAGAUCUCUAUUGAAUUUUAGCACAAGGUUCCAUACCUCAAUAGAAUGGUUGGGAUUUAUUUUGGGUUUAUUGCUUAGCUGUUUAGAAAUAAGGAACCAAAAAGGGGCCAAAAACAAGCAUUUUCAUGUUUCAGGACAAUAAUUUGAAUAAAGGUAUGGAUCUCUAUGAAAUUUUACCAAAAGGUUCCAUACUUCAAAAGAAAAGUUGGGAUUGAUUUUGGGGGUCCUGGCCCAAACCGUUUAAUAAUAAGGGGCAUAAAACAGACAAAAAAAGUAGAAUUUUCAGGGUUCUAGAUAACAACUUUAGUAUGUCUAUGGAUUGCUAUUUAACUGUAUCACAAGGUGUUAUGCCAUAAAAUAAAGUUUGGGAUUGAUUUUAGGGUUUAUGACCCUAAAGGUUUAGUUAAGAGGGACCAAAACCAAUUCUUUUGUAAUACUUUUUUCUGUAUUCUUAUCUUUCAUUUUUGCUAAUUAUGCUUUGUCUGUAUGCCUGUUUGUGUUUCUUUGUUACAUAUGACGUGACUCUGUACUUAUACAUCCCGUUGUUGUGCCAUGGUAAAUGUUUGUUUACAUAUUUGUUUGUUUCUAUAGUGAUUAAGAUAAUAACACAAUGCUGACUGCUGUUCCUCUUUAUUUGACAUUUUUACCUAUUAUGUCUGUUUGUUUUGUUCACACAUCGUUGUCAAUAUAAUGGAAUUUUAUGCAACUGUCAUACAAGU